CAAUGCAAUCAAAAUGAUACUUUUCUUUCUUGUUCUUCAGUUAUCCGUCAUGCUUCAAGCAGGGUGUGGUGGUCUGGUGCUUGCCUGCAAUGCCAUAAUGUGGACUUUCUUUGCCAAAGCCUUAAAAUCCUCCUCCUCUUCAGCGACGGCAACUGUGACAUCAGCCGCUUCCAAUUUCAAGUUAAACUGACGUCAUAGGGCCUGCCCACAAGAUCAGCCAGAGCAUGCAUCAGCCCCAGGCAUGUGGAUCCAGGCUACAUUUUCCAGCGGCAGAAUGGAACUUUCCUUCCCCACCCCAGUUAAGCCCACUGAUCUCCUCAGUGCCGACUGCCCUAAAAACGCCGGGCCUGAAGAAGAGAUACCCGGCCGCGGGCUUUCGGCUCGGGGAGCCCUCAUAGCCGGCGGCGCCAGCGGGCCGCUAGAGAAGGGGUUCGACAUGUACAUCAGGGACCCCUUCGACGCGGAGCGGAACCCGCAGGGCAUUUUGAAUUUUGGAACAAGUGAGAACAAGCUUUGCUUUGAUUUACUACAAGAAAGGCUCAUAAAACCUGACAUGAGUUAUCUUGAGCCUCAUUUACUGCAGUACUCUGAUACACAGGGCAUCAAAAGCUUCAGAGAAGAAAUUGCGAAGUUUCUUACUGAGUAUGCAAAGGCUCCAUCAGCACUGGAUCCAGAACAUAUCACUGUGAUGAAUGGCUGCUGUGCUGUCUUUGCUGCUCUUUCAACUGUAUUGUGUGAUCCUGGAGAUGGGUAUCUAAUUCCUGCUCCAUAUUAUGGUGGCAUAAAUGCCAAAACCUGGCUGUAUGGUGGAAUGCAACCUGUUCAUGUACCCUUGUUCAGUGAGGUAACAAAUGAAGAAACUCAUCCAUUUCAGUUAACCAUUGAAAAAUUAGAAACUGCACUUAAGGAAGCAUUGGAGCAGGGCAUCCGAGUCAGAGCAUUAAUCCUGAUCAACCCUCACAAUCCAUUAGGGGACAUUUACCCAGCACAGUUGCUGAAAGAAUGUCUAGAGUUUGCGCACAGGUAUAAAUUACACAUAAUAAUGGAUGAGAUUUACAUGCUAUCUGUAUAUGGUGAUACCACCUUCACAAGCAUCCUUAGCUUAGAUAGUUUACCAGAUCCUGACCGGACACACUUUAUGUGGGGAUUUAGCAAGGAUUUUGGCAUGUGUGGUGUCAGAGUUGGUGUAUUAUAUACCAAAAAUGAUGAAGUUCGGAAAGCUGUUAAUAAGCUGGCAGUUUUCCAUGGAUGUCCUGGACCGGUGCAACACAUUCUCAGCCAGUUUCUUAGUGACAGAGAAUGGCUGGAUAAUGUGUUUUUUCCAACCAACAGAAGAAGACUUAAGGAAGCUCAGAACAUUCUUGUGGAUGGUCUUGCAGAGAUAGGAAUACCUGUUCUUAAAAGCUCAGGAGGAUUAUACGUCUGGGCUGACUUCAGAAAAUUCUUGAAGUCCCAGACAUUUGAAGCGGAAAUGGAUUUAUGGUGGAAGCUGCUUGAAGAAAAGCUUCUCAUUAGUCCUGGGAAAGCCUUUUGCUGUUAUGAACCCGGAUGGUUUAGACUGGUCUUUUCUGAUUCAACAGAUAAGAUUUACUUGUGUGUUCAGAGACUUCAGCAAAUGCUGCAUGACAAGAUAGAUGAAUCCAUUCCCAUCUGUUCAUCUCCUGUUGAAAAAGAGUAUUCUGAGUCAGACGGUGAACCUUCCAAUUACAUGAGCACUUCAGUGGAUGACGUUUCAGAAGGAUGUUCGCUUCGGAAAAAAAUAGCUGUUUUUUUAACAAACUUGAAUGCAGACAUUUCAUUUUUUUAAUCAUCACGUGAUUGUAACUUCACAGGCAUGCUUUUCCUACAUUGCAACUUAUAGUUGACAACUUGACUAGUGGAAUACUUGAACUACUUUUUUUCCUUUGAAAUCCAGCAUGCAUACUACGUUGGUUUCUCUUUUCUUGGGCGCACGAAAGCCCAACUUAGACAUGACAAUGGCAAACUCUUGUGCUGAAUUCGCAGUGUGUGGAGUGAUUUAAAGUGCAUCAGGGAUGGGAAGGAUGAACAUCCUCUACCACACUUCGUUGAAAAAUGAAAUCGGGCUACCUUUCAUCCUUGUUUCCGUCUCCUGUUUUUUUGCCCCAAAGCAUGUCCUUAGCUUCAGACUCUUUUGCACUUGGUAUUUAAGCUUACUGGUAGCAAAGAUAUGACAUUAGUGCUUUUAACAUGGACAGUUUGCUGAGUGUAUCUUGGCCUACCAAGAGCAAACUUACUUAUACUAUGUAUACUUAUCUGAAUUAGAAAAUACUGAACCAACUAACAAGUAGCUGCUAAAUUUCUUCUGAAUCGGUGGCUACUAAAAUGUUAUUUAAAAUACUGUUAAGCUUUCUGAAAAUGUGCACAACUGUACUUGCUUUCUAAGAAAGUGUUCAGAUUUCUGGUGUUCAUUCUUGGUUCUUUAAAACAGCCUGUCUCUGGAUUAUGAUGUUUAUAUCAUGCUUGCGAAAUUGACAUUCUUUGAUAAGAUGUAAAAUUGAAUCCUAUAAAUACGUUUUGUAUACA